UUACCACACACUAAUCACGAUUAGCCUAACAAAACUCACGUACAUAUAUACACGGUACACCAUGUCGUCGCCGCAGGCCAAAUCCAAAGGCAAACCGCUUCUCCUGGUGGUCAUCUCCUUCCUCGCCGUGUUGCCGUGGCACACGCUGGCAAGCGGCGGCGGCGGCAAGCCCCUCGUCACGGCCGUCACCAAGGACGGCGCCACCAAGCUCUACACCAUCGCCGUCAAGGACGGCCACCCCCUCGCCCUCGACCUCUCCGGCGAGCUCGUCUGGUCGACCUGCGACGCCUCCCACUCCACCGUCCUCCCCUACGAGCGCGAGUGCGUGGAGGCCAACCACUACACGCCGCCGAGCUGCUGGAUGCAGUACGGCGGCGCCGGCGGCGACUACCGCUACGGCAACAAAUGCACGGCGCACCCGUACAACGGUGUCACCGGGAGGUGCGCGCCGGGGGACCUGACGCGCACGGCGCUCGCCGCGGACGCCACCAACGGCAGCAACCCGCUCUACCCGGUCACCUUCCCGGCCGUCGCCUCCUGCGCGCCGGGCUCCCUCCUCGCCUCGCUCCCCGCCGGCGCCGUCGGCGUCGCCGGUCUCGGGCGAUCCGACCUCGCGCUGCACGCGCAGGUCGCGGCGACGCAGAACGUCGCCAAGAAGUUCGCGCUCUGCCUCCCGAGCGUCGCCGUCUUCGGCGGCGGCCCGUUCGUCCUCAUCUUCCCCUACUCGCGGCCGGACAUCAUGCAGAAGCUGUCCUACACCGCGCUCCGCCGCAGCCCGGAGCUCGCCGGCGGCAAUGGCGGCGGGUACUACAUCACGGCCAAGAGCAUCGAGGUGAACCACCACCAGGUGCCACUACCCAACCACGGGGCGCCACUCGUCGUCCAGCUGAGCUCCAUGGUUCCGUACACCGAGCUCCGCCCCGACGUGUACGGCCCGUUCGUCAAGGCGUGGGACGAGAUCCUGCAAUGGCCGAAGAAGGUGGCGCCGCCGGUGGCGCCGUUCGAGCUGUGCUACGAGAGCCGGACGAUCGGCUCGAACCGGCUCGGCUACGCCGUGCCGGACAUCAACAUCAACCUCGAGGACGGCGCGGCGUGGUACAUCUUCGGCGGCAACUCGCUGGUGCAGGUGGACGACGCCACGGCGUGCUUCGCGUUCGUCGAGAUGAGGCCGGAGAAGGUCGGGUACGGCCCGGCGGUGGUGAUCGGCGGGCACCAGAUGGAGCACAACCUGGUGGUGUUCGACGAGGAGAAGCAGCAGCUCGGCUUCAGUGGCCUCCUCUUUGGGCUCCAGACCACCUGCAGCAACUUCAACUUCACUGUCGCUGCCUAAUGGUUUACAGUUAGUACAUAGUUAGUACUAAAAUUGAAUAAGAGAACCAUGUGUCCACUGUGAUCGGCCCUCUAGCAAGAACUUAAGUUAUAGAGGUCAUAGAUUGUUGUGAGCCAUUUACUUGAGUUAUGGAGGUCGUGCUGGUUUGCAUGGAUCAAGAUUCAUUGCGAUUUUUCCUAUCAGAUAAAAUUCAAUGCGAUUUCGUAUUUGCUCA